AUGUUAAAUAGCUCGUUAUAUUAAUCCCCUUAAACAAAAAAUUUGAAAAGUUUGAAUGCUCCACAAUCAUCUAUUACAGAUAGGAAUGGUAAAUGAUAAUUUAAAUCAUAUAGUUUCCCCUAGUAGAGCCAAGAUUGCUUAGUUAAGUGAAAAGUUAUCAGGAUUAUAGAUUGAAGAGGAUAAAACAUUGAAAAAGGAAGCUUAUGAAUAGAAGUUGAAGCUUUUUGAUGAGAAAUUUUAGAAGGCUUAUUAAAAUGAUUUAAGCAGACUCAAAAUUAUAUAAGACCAAUUAAGUAAAAUAGAAGAAGGAUUAACUAACGAAAAAAUAAUUAGAGAUGUUUGAAUUUAAAAUUUAUAUUAUAGACAAGGGAUGAUAAUUUUAAGUAGAGAGAUCUAAAGAGUUUAGAGCAGAAUAUAGUUAAGGAAUUACAAAAAGAUAAAACAUUGAGAAGAGAAUCAGAGUUGAAAGUGGCUAGAUUAAUUGAUGAAAAAUCAUAUCAAUUUAGAUUGGAAUUAGCUAAAUAAAAAAAAAUGAGAGAGGAAACAGAAGAAUAAUAUUCAAAUGAAAUUGGAGAAAGAGUCUUAAAUUUAGCAGAAGAUGUUUAAAAUGAAAGAAGAGAAAGGUAUUUUUUAUAAUAAUUAAUUCUUAGAGAAGCUGCUUGUUAAGAGUUAAUUAGAAGAUUUGGAGAAUCUGUGUUUUAAAUAUAAGAAACAUUAACAAAGGAGAAAAGAUAAAGACAGGAAUCUCAAUCUCAAAUGUAUAGAAUGAUAGAUGAGAUGAAUAAUAUUUUAAAUUUAUAGUUAUAAGAAGAGAAAGCUUAAAGAGAAUCCACAGAAGAAACAAUGCUUCGACUAUUGGAUGAGACAUGUAAUAGAGUUGAGAACUCUCUAAGAAGAUGA